AUGGAAAGCAGCAGCGGCGUUUCCAUCUACACGCCCUUCAUCUACUUUGCCGUGCUUGUGACGGCGCUGGCCGUGUUUGGCAAGAUCUACCGAUCCCGGCAGGCGGUCAACCUGGCAGGAGUCGAACCGUGGUACCCCGAUCACAUUCCCCGAGACAUCUACUUCACUCUGCGGGACCAUACGUCGCCCCGUCCAUCCGAAAAGGUGCUCAAGGCCGCUCUUCUACGACGGUCGGCGGAAAACAUCAAGCGAAUCAUCAAAACCAAGGAGGCCAAGCCCCAUCUGACUGCUCUUCACGAGGCGGGAUCCAUUGGAGAUGAUCUGCUGCAUCAGUUCACGGCGUGGGAGAAGAUGAUCGAAAUGGAGCUCAACGACUGUGCUGCUGAGGCCAACACAUACGCCGAAAACUGGGCCCAAACCAUGUUUGCUACUGCGUCGGAGAUCAUCCAGAACGAGGGUCUGCGAAGACGAGUCAACGAGCUCAACGAGAAGGAGAAGGCCUUUGAUGCCGACCUGGUCCAGGCCAAGGUCAUUGUCGCUUAG